GGGAAGAUGGCGGCCGGGAGUGCUGCGGCCUCGGUCGGGGCUGGCUUUGCCAGCGCGGAUUUCUCGGACCUGCGGGAGAUCAAGAAACAGUUGCUGGAUGUAGCGGAGCGGAGCCGGGAACGCGGCUUGCAGCAUAGCGGGAAAUGGGCCUCGGAGCUGGCUUUUGCCCUGGACCCUUUGCCUUUGAAUGAGUUGCCUCCUGCACCUGCACUCACAGAGGAAGAUGCUUGUGACUUGGAUGCUUACACCCUUGCUAAAUCUUACUUUGAUCUGAAAGAAUAUGAUAGGGCUGCUUACUUUCUCCGAGGUUGCAAGAGCCAGAAGGCCUAUUUUCUGUAUAUGUAUUCUCGAUAUUUGUCAGGUGAGAAGAAAAAGGACGAUGAGACAGUUGAUAGUCUUGGCCCCCUAGAAAAGGGGCAGGUGAAGAAUGAAGUUCUGAGAGAGUUACGGGUAGAGCUCAGCAAGAAACACAAAGCCCGAGAGCUUGAUGGAUUUGGCCUCUAUCUGUAUGGAGUUGUACUGCGAAAGCUGGACUUAGUGAAGGAAGCUAUUGAUGUCUUUGUUGAAGCUACCCAUGUUUUGCCUCUCCACUGGGGGGCUUGGCUGGAGCUUUGUAACUUGAUCACAGACAAGGAAAUGCUGAAGUUCCUGUCCUUGCCAGAUACCUGGAUGAAGGAGUUCUUCCUGGCACACAUCUACACGGAGCUGCAACUGAUAGAAGAGGCAUUGCAGAAAUAUCAGAGUCUUAUUGAUGCUGGAUUUUCCAAGAGCACUUAUAUUAUUUCCCAGAUUGCGGUGGCUUAUCACAACAUUAGAGAUAUUGAUAAAGCUUUGUCCAUCUUCAAUGAACUAAGAAAACAGGACCCUUAUAGGAUAGAAAAUAUGGAUACCUUCUCUAAUCUGCUCUAUGUCAGGGGUAUGAAGCCAGAAUUGAGCUAUUUGGCCCAUAAUCUAUGUGAGAUUGACAAAUACCGUGUGGAAACCUGCUGUGUAAUUGGAAAUUACUACAGUUUGCGCUCUCAGCAUGAGAAAGCUGCCCUCUAUUUCCAGAGAGCAUUGAAGCUGAAUCCUCGGUAUCUUGGAGCAUGGACUCUCAUGGGACAUGAAUAUAUGGAGAUGAAAAACACAUCGGCAGCUAUCCAGGCAUAUAGACAUGCCAUAGAAGUGAAUAAAAGAGACUACAGAGCAUGGUAUGGACUGGGGCAAACAUAUGAGAUCCUCAAAAUGCCAUUUUACUGCCUCUAUUACUACCGGCGGGCCCAUCAGCUCAGACCCAAUGAUUCCCGUAUGCUGGUUGCUCUUGGAGAAUGUUAUGAGAAAUUAAAUCAGCUAGUAGAAGCCAAAAAGUGCUAUUGGAGGGCGUACGCUGUAGGAGAUGUGGAGAAAAUGGCACUGGUGAAGCUAGCAAAGCUUCAUGAGCAGUUGAAUGAAUCAGAGCAAGCCGCUCAGUGCUAUAUCAAGUACAUCCAAGACAUCUACUCGUGUGGGGAGAUAGUGGAGCACCUGGAAGUGAGCACUGCCUUCCGCUACCUUGCACAGUACUACUUCAAGUGUAAACUCUGGGAUGAAGCCUCAGCCUGUGCACAGAAAUGCUGUGCCUUCAAUGAUACAAGAGAAGAAGGGAAGGCCCUCUUACGGCAAAUCUUACAAUUGCGAAACCAAGGGGAGACGUCGUCUACAGAGAUUGCCACACCUUUUUUACUUCCCUCUUCACUUUCUGCCAACAAUACCCCAACACGCCGUGUGUCACCCCUAAACUUGUCUAACAUUACACCUUAAGGUGUGCCUGCCUCUCUAAGCUGGCCUGAGCAGAAAGAGUAGUCCUAGGGGCAGCCAGGAUGCUUCCUCCUUGUGCUGCCAUUCUAGUGAAGGUUUGGCAGUCAGUGCUGCCUUCAGUGGAAGGCUGAAUGCUGAUCACCAGUGGUUGGGAAUGGGAUGGCUCAUCGACUGUGAACCUUUGGCUUAAUUAAUAGCCUGAGUGAACUGAAUCCACUCUGCUUUUCCUCGAUAUUCUCUUCUAGCUGGUUUGACUUCUCUGUAAAAAGAGGAAGCCUCUUUCCAUACCUUACAAUUUGAUGGAAGUACUUUUCUGCUCCUCUUCUUCACAACAUGCUUUUUCCAGAGCACCCUAACUUGGUCAUUACUUGUAUGUCAAGAAACCAGCAGGUUAGGAAGGGAAGUGUCUGUUUCAUCCUUAGUUGAAGAUGCCAAGGAAAGUCCUUGGACUGCAAUGUCCUCAUCCUUUCCCUCUGGUACUUUUUAACUGUGAGCACAGGGACUUUUUGGAGUUAGGAGACUGGUAGAAAGAAGGAGAUGGGGCAAAUAGCCUAGUAUUUUUUGUCUUCUUAAGUACAGAUAUGGAAAUGCACAGGUGAAACAACUAAUAACUGGCUUAGACCCAAUGCCAAGACGAUACAGUAGCUGAUGCUGUUGGGCAACUUGGUAGCAGAAUGAAAUAAUGGACGUGCUGUGUGUUUUUAAGGUAUUAAGCCAAUGUUGUCAUUGCGUCCCUGUAAAUAACAGAAGAGGGAGGGUGUUUUGGAGGAUGAUAGAAAAAUCCGACUGUACUGUAGACAGUGUAAUUUGAGAAUUAAAAUAGGAAUGUUUCAUUUAUGAGACUACAGAUAUA